AAUAAGUGAGAGACGCAGAUCCAACAGUAAAAUGAACUUGCCUUAUCCCCACACAUACCUCCACCCAGUGUCAUUGGACACAAUCUACCCACAUCACCUUGAGCUUAGAUAGCUUUCCACUUCCCCAUCUCUCUAACCAACUGUCUACUGUCUGCUCCACCAUCACACCCUUCCUCACCACUUCCACCGCCACCGCCACCACUUAAAGCGAUCAAAUUCGUCCACCAUGGCUGCCACUGCUGCUGCCGCCGUAGGCUCUUCUUUUUCUCCAUCCAUUCACACCCUCAAAUGCAGAAACACCAAGAAUUUUCUAUCUGAUUCUCUCCUUAAAGUUCCUUCAACUCGCAUCACUACUGCAACCUCCAUAAUCUCUCGCUCUUAUGCUAUAGAACCACUUUCAUUAGUUGCAGUCUCAUGGCGUGUCCCUAGAGUCUCCGCAGCUGUUGCUCAAGAGGAGGCUGCCGCAACUACUCCUGUGGAAGAGGGUCUACCCCAGGAUGAACAGCAGCAAGUAGCAGGAGAAGGUGAACAAGAAGCUGAUCAGGUCGUCCUCAACACUAAGCUUUACUUUGGGAAUUUACCUUAUAAUGUUGACAGUGCACAGCUUGCUGGAAUCAUUCAAGAUUAUGGUACUCCUGAGCUUGUCGAGGUUCUUUACAAUAGAGAUACUGGAAGAAGCAGAGGUUUUGCAUUCGUGACGAUGAGCAGCGUUGAAGAUUGUAACGCAGUGAUUGAAAAUCUUGAUGGAAGUCAAUACAUGGGUCGCAUCUUGAGGGUGAACUUCUCUGACAAACCAAAACCGAAAGAACCAUUAUAUCCAGAAACAGAACACAAGCUUUUUGUUGGGAACUUAUCCUGGUCAGUAACAUCAGAAAGUUUGACUGAAGCUUUUCAAGAGUAUGGAAAUGUUGUCGGAGCAAGAGUUCUAUAUGAUGGGGAGACCGGAAGGUCCCGAGGUUAUGGUUUUGUGUGCUACUCAACCCUAUCAGAGAUGGAAAACGCCCUUGAAUCUCUUAAUGGAGUAGAACUAGAAGGACGAGCGCUCCGCGUAAGCUUAGCUCAGGGGAAAAAAUCAUAAGCUGGUGGCUGAUCGGGAAACGCUGCUUUGAGGAGGGAUGAAGAUCAGCAUUAAAUUUGUAAAAUCACUGACCCUUUGCCUAUCUUCUGAUCCGAUGAACUUCCAACUGGGAAUGGUUAUUUGUCUGAGAAUAUUGUUUUGUUGAUGAUGCGAAAAUAAGAAAAUUUAUCAUUUUCAUUGUAAUAUUUAUGAGUUCUGAUUGGGGAAACUAUAGCAUUAAUUUUACAUUUUACAGUUUAUUUACCGUUGAUGAGACGGAGUGAA